AGCCCCGGGUCAGGCCGCCGUCCCCGCUGUUGCCCCAGACCAAGCCGCUGUUGUCCCCCCUGAGGGGUCAGGUCCACCCUCCCUCGUUCCAACGGGCGGCGGCUUGACCUCCUUCUUCUCGCGGCACAUCGCCCCUAAGGCGUUCACCACAGGCAAGGUGAAGGCCGACGGGGGCAAGGACAAGCAGAAGGACGACUCGGACUCGUCCAGCGACGACUCGUCUGAUGAUGACGACAGCGAAGACGACGACGACGACACGGAUGAUGACAGCAGUGACUAGAUCCUGGCUACACCCUGGCUACACCCUGGCUACACCCUGGCUACACCCUGGCUACAUCCUGGCUACAUCCUGGCUACACCC